AAUUGUUAAUCGAGACGGUGAAGUGAGGAGCCGCCGAGUCUUAUCCGAUCAAAUUACUCUCUCACUCGCAAUCAAAGCUCGACGAAGAUGUCUUGCUUGGUCGUCUCAUCAACUUGCUCGCUCCUCCCCUUAGACUCUAGUCUCACUCGUUCAACUCGUUCCAGCAAACUCGGCUCUUCACUUUCAUGGCAAUCUUCAUUUCCCAAAUUCUCCAUAGACAUCGGCUCUGUUAUCUCCUCUCCCAUUGUCAAGAAGGAUUCUUUUAUUCAAGCUGCCUGGACUAGGAGAUCACGUGGCGAAGCAGCGAAAAGACCCAACAAGAAGUCAUGGAAGCAGAGAACAGACAUGUACAUGAGACCUUUUCUUCUGAAUGUCUUCUUCUCAAGGAAGUUCAUUCACGCCAAAGUUAUGCAUAGACCAACUAGCAAAGUCAUCUCGGUUGCCACCACUAACGCAAGAGAUAUAAGGACGAACAUACCGUCUCUUGUGGAUGACGAAGCGUGCAGACUAAUCGGCAAGCUCAUAGCUGAGCGUUCAAUGGAAGCAGACGUCUACGCUGUGUCCUAUGAGCCAAGAAAGGGAGAGAGAAUUGAAGGGAAGCUAGGGAUUGUUAUCGAUACCAUUAAAGAACAUGGCAUUGUUUUUGUUCCUUGAUUUGGCAUUUUCAUUACCAAGAAUGGUCUGUGUUCUGUUUUGCAUAAUGGUUCAAGAACACAUAGUUGUUACAAAGACAGUGGAGUAUUAAAAGAUGAUUAUAUAAUUAUAUUAUUGUAUGUACA